AUGUUUGCUCCGUACAUAAGACACACGCGUUCCACCAGCAUACUAAAAAGAUCACUCACGUUUUCAAGAAUAUUACAAAAUGCACCACCAGCACCGGGAAAAACGGAAAUUAGGGCCGCCCCAGUGGAAUCAUCGUGCAAAGCAGGAACACCAUUAAACUUGAAAAUUUUUAAAAAGGGAGAUGAGCCCGUUGCCAAAGAAGACUCAGAGUAUCCAGAAUGGCUUUGGACUAUGAUUGACCCAAAGAAUAACUUGGAUAACAUCAAGAAUGAAAAUUUCCUUAGAUGGAGAAGGAUUAAAUUGCAAAAGGAAAAUAACAAGAUUAUAAGGAAUAACAACUUUUUGUCAAAGAUAUAA